UCCGAGCAGACCGGAGAGCCGCACCGCCGCGUCCCGUGUCUUCGAGGAGCCGCGCGGCCGCGGAGUGGACCAGUGACUGUGUGUGUGUGUUGUGUCUGUGUGCGUGAGUGUGAAGUGGCCAGUCGCAAAACGAAGUGUGGCAAAUUUUGUGAAACAACUAGAAACAACAGCAACAACAACUUACAGUUCUGUCGGUGGAGAGUGAAGUGAUAAACCAGUGCCUCCACUGGACAAACCCGUAGUCGUGUGCCUCCUCAGCCGCCGACCCACCGGACGGCGGCCGUCUUCAGCGAGGCGGCGUGCUCGGCCACGCCGGUGUCGGUGCGCACCAUGGCGGAGUACGGCAUGACGACGACGUGCACGGCUUGACGGCGUCCUGGACGGCGUGACGGCGGCGUGAACCGUCGUCCCGGCCCGGCCCUGUGGGCGCAGUCUCCGGCCCGGCCCUCUUAUCGCUGCGACCCAUCGAGGGGAUCCUUUGCAGGUCCGCACGCACCAUGUUCCAGACCGGCAGCUGCGCGGUCAACUCCGACAUGUAUCCGGAGUCAACAUCCACCGGGACAACGGGGUACCUGCAGCAACAGCAGCAACAGCAACAACAGCAGCAGUCGCAGCACCAGCACCAGCAGCACCACCAACACCACCAACACCACCAACAGCACGAGCAGCACGCGCACCAACAACAAGACGCCCAACAGCCUGUGUACGUGCCUUCGACGAGAGCCGUGUUGCCCCCGCAGUACGGCGGCGCGGGGGUGGGGUCCACGGGGGCGUGGGGCUCGUCGUGGGGCGGCCACCAGUCGGGGCACGACGGCUACGUGUCGCAGUACCAGCACCACACGGCCCACCACGCGGCCCACCACGCGGCCCACCACGCCGCCCACCACGCCCUGUACGCGCAGAACAUGAUGAUGAACCCCUGGCGGGCCUACGACGGCGCGGCCUUCCAACGAGCGUCGCCCUACGCGUGGCGUUGUUCCCCUCCAGACGGCUCCAUGGACUUCCAGUUCGGCGAGGGCCGCGAGUGCGUCAACUGCGGCGCCGUGUCCACGCCGCUGUGGCGCCGCGACGGCACGGGGCACUACCUGUGCAACGCGUGCGGCCUGUACCACAAGAUGAACGGCAUGAACAGGCCGCUGGUCAAGCCGUCCAAGAGACUCGUCAACGAAGUCAGCAACCUCUGCCAUCCACUCGAGACGGCGACGCGGCGCCUGGGGCUGUGCUGCACCAACUGCGGCACGCGCACCACGACACUGUGGCGGCGCAACAACGAGGGCGAGCCGGUGUGCAACGCGUGCGGGCUGUACUUCAAGCUGCACGGCGUCAACAGGCCCAUCAGCAUGCGCAAGGACGGCAUCCAGACGCGGAAGCGCAAGCCCAAGAAGCAGCAGGGCGGCUCCGGCUCCACCUCCUCCACGACCACCACCUCCACGUCGGCGUCGUCGCCGCUGUCGCAGUCCUCGGCCGCCUCCAGCGACACCAAGCACUCGGGCGGCGACAAGCUGUCGUCCUCCCCGGACCAAGGCGGUAAAAAGCGCGCCGACGGAGUCAUCACCGCCAUGUACCAGGCGGCGCACCACCCCAUCAAAUCCGAGCCCCUGGGGCUGGGGGGCGCGCUCGGGGGCGGCUUGGGGUCGCUGGGGCCGCUCGGCUCCAUCGCCCCCAACGUCGGCUACCCCGGCACCCACGGCCCCUUCGCGGCGGCGCAGCAGUUCGGCCUCCCUGGCCACCACCACGCGUCCUCGUCACCCCCCGACUACGCCCACCACCACCAUCACCACAGUCACCAUAGUCACCACCACAGCAAGCUCAUGGCGUCGUCGUGAACGCAACGGCCAUCGGGGCAGUCGGCGUGGGGUAGUGCCGCCGCGACCGCCGAGCGCGCCGAGCGGACUCAGAGGCCCUGACGCAAGGAGUAUCGACGCGUCGCGACUGCAGUGUGGGCCCUGAAGCAGAAGCGAGCGCCAAUCCCUUCUCCCAGGAGUUCAAGUUUCCCUGCCACCUGCGGAAAGGAAUGGCGACACGUAGAUGUGGCAGUUUCUUCCAGUGUUCAACAAUUUGCAACGCUUUGCGAGAGACUUCGCCGCUUGUGUUCGUGAAUGCACUAUCCUCGUCAGAGCUGGUCCGUGGUGAUCCCUGCAAUCUGUGAUCGAGCACCAAUAAGGGCUCCAGAAAAAGAAAGUCGAACACAUGGUAGGACGUUGAGUAUUUGCUAGCUGUUUGAUGGUUUAAUGUUGUCAGCCAAUAUGUACCAAAGUGCACUGUUACUUUAUUUAAUUUAUAGAAUAUUGCAAGAUCUGUAAUUCCUAUGUUUAUUAUUUGUUAUAAGACAUAUCACCACAGAAAAUGUGUGUAUUCAUGUAUAUGAAUAAAUAUUAUAAUGUAGGUUAUUUAUAAAUACUGUGAUGCUUAUUUGACUUUCAGUUGUGUUCAGUAAGUUAAUGCUUUAGAAGUGACUAAAGCGAUGAUAGUCAACUUCCGUAUCUCUUCCCCAACCUACCCUU